AUGGCGAUGGAAACACUAGAUGUGCUCAGAUCAGGGCCGGUAGUCUACGACGAUCACACACUACCGGCGACUUUCCAAUGUCUCCAGCUCGAGAUAGUGCAUCAAACUCGCGCCACAUGUCUGACCAAGACCGCGCCCAGACUACAUCUCGUCGAGCAAAACAGCCCGAGCAUUCACACCAUUGCGAGAAAAUAUCCCGAGACCACAAUACCAAUAAGACAUACAUCUUCGUCUCCACCAGCCACGGAAACCCAGUCCCACUCCACCGAUCCUCGUCCCACCACACCGAAUCUCGCACCAUCACGCAUGUUCCACCGCUUCCAGCGCACAGAUCCGGCGUACGACGCUCGUGACCUGACGGACCGGACGCUCCGAUUGGUGUCUCAGCGCGUCCCGAAGCAAUGGGUGGGGACGUUGUACUGGGCGCGUAGACGGGUGCGUGUACCGAGUGAGUGUGAGGAUGGGUCGAUUCGGCUGAUAUUUCACACUUCCACCGACUACUUCUCAGAGAGCCUUGGUACCUACCCGAUUAGGCAAUCUGUGUUUCAGGUGUAG